CUUGCCAACCGACAUGAAAAAAAACAAAAGAAGAAGAAGUGCUCGGCACCGCGCGCUAAGCAUUGUGGGUAAUGACAGGCGCAUGACUUGAGGAGACCCCCAUAAAGAAACAUAGUGCGCCAUUAUUGCCAAAAGUCAAUGUUUAUGGAACGAGGACUUGUGUUGGGUGUAAAUGUCAAAGAUGAGCCUCAAUGAGCAUUCGCUGCAAGCUCUGUCCUGGAGGAAGCUUUACCUCAGCCGGGCCAAACUCAAAGCUUCCAGUCGCACCUCCGCUCUACUCUCCGGGUUCGCGAUGGUAGCAAUGGUGGAGGUGCAGCUGGACAACAGCUACCCGUACCCGCCCGCUCUCCUCAUCGCCUUCAGCGCCUGCACCACCGUGCUGGUGGCCGUGCACCUGUUCGCCCUCAUGGUCAGCACCUGCAUCCUGCCCAACAUCGAGGCCGUCAGCAACGUCCACAACCUCAACUCGGUCAAAGAGUCGCCGCACGAGCGCAUGCACCGGCACAUCGAGCUGGCGUGGGGCUUCUCCACCGUCAUCGGCACGCUGCUCUUCCUGGCCGAGGUGGUCCUCCUCUGCUGGGUCAAGUUCUUGCCCAUCAAGCCCAGCAAGUCCAGCAACAACAGCAUGUCCGCCGGCGUGGCCGCCGCCAUCACCUCCACGUCCAUCAUGGUGCCUUUCGGCCUGGUGUUCAUCAUGUUCGCCGUGCAUUUCUACCGCUCCCUGGUCAGCCACAAGACGGACAGGCAGUUCCAGGAGCUGGAGGAGUUGUCCAACCUCACCAGGCUGCAGAACGAGCUGGACAAUAGAGGGGACUCCAUUGUGAAUUCUCCCAGCUCACAUUUCCCAUAGACGACUGCAGCUUUUGGUGAUAUUUCAUGUAUAUACAGUUUUUACGUCGGCGCCGUUUCAAUAAUAUCACGAAUGCAUGAAACUUGAUGUCACAAAAGUCUUAACUGUGAAUGUCCUUUAUCCGCACACUUGAACUUUGACCCCUGUCUCAUGCCUGCUGUGUUUAUUUACACAUUUCCAUCCAACAGUUUUAAUUGUACUGCACACAAAUAAUUCAGUGAUUCCACUUGCACUCGAGUUAAUUCCGGUUUUGCCGCUUUACACGUGAAGUUUUGUUAUCGAUUCAAUCAUUUUACUGUAUUUUUAUUUUUUUUUCUGGAGAAGAAAAAACAAUUGUGUUUGCAAAUGAAGUCAGUCAUGGGGCAUGCAGUGAGACUUUAGUGUGGAUGACUUUAUAGCAGGGGUCACCAACGCGGUGCCCGUAAGGACCAGAUGAGUCGCCCGCUGGCCUGUUCUAAAAAUAGCUCAAAUAGAAGCACUUACCAGUGAGCUGCCUCUAUUUUUUUUUUAUUGUAUUUAUUUACUAGCAAGCUGGUCUCGCUUUGCAUGACAUUUUUAAUUCUAAGAGAGACAAAACUCAAAUAGAAUUUGAAAAUCCAAGAAAAUAUUUUAAAGACUUGGUCUUUACUUGUUUAAAUAAAUUCAUAAAUUUUUUUGCUUUGCUUCUUAUAACUAUCAGAAAGACAAUUUUAGAGAAAAAAUACAACCUUAAAAAUGAUUUUAGAAUUUUUAAACACAUAUACCUUUUUACCUUUUAAAUUCCUUCCUCUUCUUUCCUGACAAUUUUAAUCAAUGUUCAAGUAUUUUAAUUUUUUUUUUGUAAAGAAUAAUAAAUACAUUUUAAUUAAAUUUUUAAUUUUAGCUUCUGACUUUUCGACAGAGAAUAUUUGUGAAAUAUUUCUUCAACCGUAUGAUUAAAAUUUCAAAAAAAUAUUCUGGCAAAUCUAAAAAAUCUUUAGAAUCAAAUUGAAAUCUUAUUUCAAAGUCUUUUGAAUUUAUUUUAAAAUAUUUGUUCCAAAAUAAUGAUUUGUCUUUGUUAGAAAUAUAGCUUGCUCCAAUUUGUUAUAUAUUCUAACAAAAUGCAGAUUGGAUUGUAACCUAUUUAAAACAUGUCAUCGAAAUUCUAAAAUUAAUCUUAAUCAGGAAAAAUUACUAAUGAUGUUCCAUAAAUUAUUUUUUUAAUUAAAAAAAAAAAGAUUCGAAUAGGACAGUUUUUCUCUUCUUUUUCCGGUUGAAUUUAGAAUUUUAAAGAGUUGAAAUUGAAGAUAAACUAUGUUUCAAAAUUUUAUUUUAUUUUUUUCUGCUUUCUCUUUUAAACCGUUCAAUUAAGUGUUUUUUUUUUUUUUUAUAAUUUAUUCUCUACAGAAAACUUUCCGUAAAAGGAAAAAAAAUGUACGACGGAAUGACAGACAGAAAUACCCAUUUUUAUUAUAUAUAUAGAUUUGUUUAUUAAAGGUAAAUUGAGCAAAUUGGUUAUUUCUGGCAGUUUAUUUAAGUGUGUAUCAAACUGGUAGCCCUUCGCAUUAAUCAGUACCCAAGAAGUAGCUCUUGGUUUCAAAAAGGUUGGUGACCCCUGCUUUAUACUGUUGUGUGGCCAGCUAAAUGUCUUAAGCAUCUGGGAGAAUAAAAGUUUCUGCCCCUAA